GAAACUAUGCUCAUGUGCUUAGAUCUUCCGCCAUUGCAAAACCUUCUAAACAUCAAAAAGUCUUUUGCGGAAUCUGGAUGAUCUCUCCAUAAUUUCUGAAUAUCAUGCUCUCUUCUUUAUCUGCACUUGUAUCCUCAUCCAGCAACUUCGUUCUCCAAACCGCCCUUGCCUUCUCCCUCUUUCUCCUCCUCUACUUCUUCAAGAUCCCUGCUUUAUUCCUCCACGGCCUCUUCACCUAUGUCCACCCAGAUGACGUCAACCCCACUUCCUCAAACGGCGCCAGGGCUGCGAUUCGACGCCCAGGUAGUGUUGAAUCUGAACUCAAGCCCAGGAAAAAGUCUAAGGAUAAAUUCGAGUUUGAUGAAAAUAAAGCUCAGAUCUUUAGGCUGAAGCUGAUUGAUACCCACCUCCAAACAAGGAUUUAUUUCAAUGAAUUUAAACAUGCUUUCAAUUCCACUGUUGUAGUUCUUUCCUGCUUGUUGCUUGACCGGUUCUUGGGGAAAUCUGGAGAUUCUGGGUGGUUAGGAGAUGGAUCUGUGGUUCCUGUGUUUUUAGGAUGUUUUGUUGUGUGUAGGAUUUUUGUUUUGAUAGCUAGGACUGCUUUUGAGGGGUCUUCCUCCAAGAGAAUGGAGAGGCAAUUGAGUUUUCUGAUUGGGAUUUUUGGGUUUGUGUUGGGGCUAAUUAUUGUGUCUGGGGUUGUUCCAAAAUGGAUUCUUGACUUUGAUUUUGGAUCAUUGGAUGGGUUUGGAAAGCUCCUUGUUGCUCUUUUUAUGGGCUGCACUGCUGGCUUCUUGUAUACCCCUGCAUUGAGGAGUGCCCGGGCCUUUUGGCUUGGAACUGAUCAGAUUCGUUGCAAUUUGUCUAUUAUCUCUUGUGGAUGGUUUGCAGGAAUGCUUCUUUAUGCUAACUAUUUGAUGAUUACAUUGACUUCAUUGCUUUGGAUUAGUCCAUUUGCUGAACUACUUGUGAACAAGAAUUUUGAUCAAAAGCGAGGCUCGAAUUAUGGUGGCAGAGUAGAGUAUGCUACUAAGUUGGUGGGAAAUGUGGGUAUGAUGAGAUCAGACUUGGAUAAAUUUAGGCUCUGGUGUUUGUUGGCUUCUGGUAUUCUUCAGAUCAUGUCUUUGCGUUCGAACGUGCAAAUGUACUUGAAUGAAGCGGUGUUGUGUUGGUACCAGAGACUGCAUUCCAGCAAAGUUCCUGACUUGGAUUACAGCAGGGCGAAGGUUUUCCUUCACAACCACUAUCUCUGUCUUGCAGUCUUGCAGUUUUUCGUUCCCGCAGCUAUGGUACUUCUCCUCAACGGCUUAUCUCAGACUGGUGAUAACUUGAUCUCGAGUUUUCCAUGGGUGUGUAGUUUGUUACCUUGCUCUGUGCUGCAUAAAGAAGUGGCUUUGUUUAUGGCUUGGUGGGUUGUCUUUGUUUUGGCCACGUUUACUUCAUCAGUUUUGGCUUUGUAUCGACAUGGAAUUUUGUACGUUUCUUGAUAAUAUGUCUUUUGAUCCCAUCAUGCCACCAAGUUGUCUGGUCUUUAUCUGGUUUUAUUAGAUCUGCAUCAUGUAGUGAUAACUUGCAUGUAUAGUGGAGUCACACUAUCACAGUAACAUUGACACUUUUAGGAGGCUUUUUCGUUCACCUCUGCAUCUCCAAUGUCUUGAGCAUAUGUAAACGUAUUAUACAUUCUUACGGUAAAGAACAAAGAACAAUGCUUGCAUUCGUUUUGCCUU